AUGCUGACCGUACAAUUAUUUUGGGUCGCUCUCGCUGCGAUCUUCAUGCCCACAAAAGAUGCCCAUCUGCAAUUCCGUAAGUGGGCAGACGAGUAUGGGCCUGUUUAUAGUCUCAUUCUGGGCACCAAGCCUUUCAUUGUCUUGUCAAGCGCCCAAGCUGUCAAGGAUCUGCUCGAUAAGAAGAGUGCACUCUACUCUGACCGACAAGAAAUUUAUUUCCUUCCUCAGGGAUAUGGACCAACAUGGAGAUCAUUCCGCAAACUGGUACACUCGCUGCUCAACGUCACCACAGCCAGGAGCUACGUGCCCUACCAAGACCUCGAGAACAAGCAAAUGCUAUAUGAGAUGAUCGUUCAACCCGAUCAAUUCCUCCAGAGUAUUCGACGAUACUCCAACGCACUCACAACAACCAUGGUAUUUGGCUGGCGCUCGCCUAUCUAUCGAGACCCCAAGCUCAUGCAGCUCUUCGACGGCUUUGCUGAGUUUGCCGAGAUCAAUCAAACUGGUAUCGCUGCCCUCCUUGACUCGUUCCCCGUACUUAGGAAGCUGCCUGACUUUCUCUUGCCCGUGCAGAGGAAAGCCAAGGAGCUUCAUAAGAAGGAAAAGGAUCUCUACAUGAGUCAUUGGCUUAAGGCGAAGCAGGACAUCGCAGAUGGCUCUAUUAAGCCAUGUUUCUGUGUUGGAUUAGCCGAAGCGCAAGAGAAGGAAAAGUUUGAUGAUGCGCAAGCUGCUUAUAUCUCUGGGACUCUCCUUGAAGCGGGUUCAGACACAACAUCUAGCACUCUGUAUGCCUUUGUGCAGGCAAUGCUUCUUUAUCCUGAGAUCCAGCGAAAGGCUCAGGACGAAAUCGACAAAGUAGUUGGUAAGCGCAUGCCAACUAUGGAUGACGAGCAGAGCCUUCAGUAUGUCCGCGCAUGCAUGAAAGAGACAUUGCGAUGGAUGCCGACAACCAUCCUCGGUGCUGUUCCUCAUGCUGUCACGCAGGACGAUACAUACAACGGAUAUCUUAUCCCCAAGGGCGCAGGUGUUCUCAACAAUGUCUGGGGUAUUCAUAUGGAUCCUGAGCGUCAUCCCAACCCUCGCCAGUUCAACCCUGACAGGUACCGGGAUGACUUCCAGAGCUUGGCAGACGCCGCAGCCAACCCAGACGCGUCAAAACGGGAUCAGUUCACUUUUGGCGCAGGCCGUCGUAUUUGCCCUGGGAUUCACGUUGCCGAACGAAGCUUAUUCCUGGGCAUUUCACGGAUCCUAUGGGCAUUUGAUAUUAAGCCUACUGUGGAUAAGAACGGCAAGCCCGUUUUGCCAGAUCCAGAUAAGCUGACUCAAGGCUUCGUAUGCAUGCCCGAGGAAUUUCCAGCUAGAAUCAUUCCAAGGUCUGAGGAAAAGAAGGCUCAGGUGAUCGAGAGUUGGAAGAAGGCUGAGAAAGAUGUUCUUGAUCCUGAGACGAAGCAGUGGUGUUAG